AUGUCGUCACGCUUCAGCUUCGAUAUAUCCGCCUCACCUCGCCCUGGCUCGUACAUCAUGGAAGUGCCGGCUGACAUGGCCAUGUCCCACAGGAACCGCGCACUCUCGAUCCGCUCCAACAAAUCGAAGGGGGGCUCCGCCUCCACCUCUAACAAGCGGGGCUUCUCCUUCAACUCACUCCGCGGCCAGGUCCAGCCCGAGCUGUCGCGCAAGCUCUUCAAGCUUAUCAAGUCUGAGAACAACCUCAUCAACGCCCACGAGACGGCUGGCCGCGAGCGUAUUUCUAUCGCGACGCAGCUGUCGGAAUGGGGAGAGCAUACGUGCGACGAUGGCAUCAGUGACAUUUCGGACAAGGUGGGAGUCGUCCUGAGCGAGAUGGGUGAGCAGGAAGAUGCAUACGCUCACUCGCUGGAUGAUUCACGUGCCGUGCUUAAGGCCAUCCGGAACACCGAGAAGAGCGUGCAGCCCAGUCGCGAACACAAGGACAAGAUUGCCGAUGAGAUUCAGCGGCUGAAGCUGAAGGAGCCCGGAAGCGCAAAGCUACCUGUACUCGAACAAGAGUUGGUUCGCGCCGAGGCUGAGAACCUUGUUGCGGAAGCCCAGUUGACAAACAUUACCCGACAAAAGCUCAAGGAGGCUUACGCUGCCGAGUUUACCGCGACUAUCGAGAGAGCCGAGAAGCAAAUUAUCUUGGCCAAGCAUGGUCGCCGUCUGCUAGAGCUUCUUGAUGAUUCGCCCGUGGUGCCCGGCGAUACUCGGCCAGCUUACGAGCAUUCCGCCCAGGCCCGCCAGAUCCUCAACGACUGCGAAGACGACCUCCGAGACUGGCGUCCCGAAGCUGAGUCUUUCUCUACACCUGCCCAGAGUCGAACGCCGAGCAUCACAGAGAAGGGCAAGGAGCCAAUGGUGGCUGACGAUACGCCCUCUCCUGUGCAGUCCGAGGCGACUCCUGUGGCCCCGACAGGAACCAAGUCUUCCGUAUAUGCCGAAGUUGCUGGUUGA